AUGACACUCCAAGACAGCGAUGUUACACAACCAUUAGAUAUUGAUUCUUCCUUAGGAUUAGUAAUUAACUGCGAACAACUCCUAGUUAAUUUCCACAGAAGCCGAGAAAAUCCCGAAUCUGCAAGAAACACCACCGGCGACCAGCAACACGUUAAUCCCAAUAUUACUGAUGGAAACUUGGAUUACUACUUACCAUUGUACAAAGCUGCACUGGAAGGCAAUUGGGAAGCAGCGAAACGAUUUCUUGACAAUGACCCCAGCGCAGCAAUCGCUAGUAUCACACUUCUAUCAUUCACUGCGUUGCACGUGGCAGCAAGUGAGGGGCAUACAGAGUUCUUGGAGAAGCUGGUGGGUUUAAUGUCGACAGAGGCUAUGGCUGCAGGUGACAUGGAGGGCCAAACGGCCCUUCAUAUAGCAGCCAUAAGCGGAAGCCUGGGGGCUGCUGUGGCAUUGGUUAAGAGAAACCCUAGAUUGACGGGCGUUGUGGACCACAAGGGAUACACUCCGCUCGUCCUCGCUGCAAGGUAUGCAUCGGGAAGUGAGUUGGUGUGGUAUCUUACUUUGACGACUACGGAUGAGGAGCCUGGCCGUCCCUUUACCGGUCCCCUAGCUGCCGAUCUCGUUCACAUGCUCAUCUCCAGUGGUUAUUUGGAUACCCUCUUGUAUCUACUUCAGCACUAUCCUAAUUUAGCUACUAUGGAAGAGAUUUCUCCUCUUUCUGACUUGGUCUUGACUUCUUUCAACUUCUUGAGUGGCAGCAAGCUCGGAUUUUGGGAAAGAUUCAUUUACUCUUUUAUCCCAAUUAGAAAAAACAUCGGACCCCCACACUCUUUGAGAAGCAUUGUGGAGAAUUCUCCGGAAUAUAGCAAACGUCACAACUCAUGUUCAAUGCUGCUGUGGAUGCUCCUCUACAAAAUUUUCAGACGAAUAACACCAAGUUUUAUCAAGCGACUCCAAGAUGCAAAACUUAAACAUCAUUGUGCGGUCGAAUUAUUCAGACAAAUUUGCACGAUGAUUCGCGAAACUCGCGGUUCUGAUCUGACAGAUUAUUUUCUUAGCAAAGGGGAAAUCCUAUACGAGGUCACAUCUCGUGGGAUGGUUGAUAUUUUAGCAAUGAUUCUUCAGUUUUGUCCAGAUCUUGCAUAUGUUCGCAUAGAAAAUCAAACUCUAAUGCAUAUAACUAUUCAACAUCGGCAAGAGAAGAUUUUCAGAUUUUUGUUGGAGAAGAACUUACAAAGACUAGAUUAUGGCCCUCAAACUCGAUCAGGAGCCGUUGAUAUCUUGUGUUUAGCAGCAAAACUUUUACCGUUCCCUCAACUUUCGCGCAUAUCAGGUGCAGCUCUACAAAUGCAAAGAGAUAUAUGGUGGUUUAAGACAGUCGAGAAAUUGGUGGAUCCUUAUUCUUUCAUGUUAAAAAGCGAAGAAAAAAAAAUUCCACAAGAACUAUUCAUGAAGGAGCACAAAGAGCUAGCUGAGGCUGCAGAAACGUGGAUGAAAAAUACAUCAAGUUCUUGCAUGAUUGUAUCGACUUUGGUCGCGACGGUAAUGUUUGCAGCCGCUUUCACCGUGCCAGGAGGAAACAACGACGCAGGAACUCCAAUUUUCUUGUGGAAUAGUGCAUUGUUGGUGUUUGCGAUUUCAGAUGCACUAGCAUUAUUUUCUUCUCUGACUUCACUUUUGAUGUUCCUUUCGAUCUUAACUGCAAGAUAUGCCACUGAAGAUUUCCUCAAGUCGUUACCAAAAAGUCUAAUAAUCGGUCUGGCUUCACUCUUCUUUGCAACAACAACGAUGAUGGUAGCUUUGGGAGCCACACUUUCCAUUGUGCUUGAGGAGAAAAUGAAUUGGAUUUAUGUCCCAACCAUUUUGAUCGCUUCUUUGCCGGUGACCAUAUUUGCUUUGCUACAACUUCCUUUGUUUAUCAAUUUGGUCCAAUCAACAUUUGGAUAUUUCACUUUUCGCCCUCAAACUCUUGGUGAUUUAUCAUGGAUGUAGGGAGGAAAACCAAGAUCUAUUAAUUCGUUGCGGCUCUUAAAUUACUAAGUUAAUGUGAUCAUAUUUUAAUAUAUAUGUUACUCCCAUAUGAAUCUAUUUCCGUAUGUAGAGAUUUAUAGCAUUGUGUAAUUUAAAAAAGAUAUGGA